GUGUGUGACCUGGGAGAUUGAAUUUUUGGUAUGAUUGUCGUUUGGAAAUUGGCAGAAAAGUCGUGGAGAAAGGAUGUAAGAAUACCUUUCGGUUGACCGAGCAAGCAAAACUUGGUUCUAGUUCUCAUCCCUAACCCAGAGCGCCUCUCUCUCUCUCUCUCUUCUCUCUCAAAACCCCUGGUCGCCUGUUCUCAUUCCUUGAUUUCCUUCUGAUCCCUGCCAAAUCUUCUUUAGAUCCUUCUAUGAAGAUGUUCAGUUGUUUAAAAACUCUUGUCUUGUGUAUCAAGGGUGAAGGGGGUAGGGGUUGGGUGUGGGUAUGCCUUUUUGGUUUGUGGUAAGUGGGACACAUGUCGUCGUUUGAGAGGUAGGACAAAGAGCUUGGAUGGAGGGGUAGGAGAGAGGAUCCGAGUCCCGAUCGCCCCUCUUUCGAUCCCCAUCUCUGUCCGAGUCCCGAUCGCUUGGCUUUUCUUCGUUUUUUAUUUCCGAUUAUUACUUUCAUUUAUCCAAUUAUCCCCACGCAUUAUCAAAAAAAACCUUCCCUCGAGUCUCCAACCAACAAGGACACAUAUAUGUCUCCGCUUAAACAGUUUGAUCGGGUAACGUAGCUCAAGCUAUAUAUGCAUUGUCGAUGGCUUCCACUUCGAAUCCUUUUUUUCAACUUAUGUACGACAUUUUCUUGAGCUUCCGGGGCUUAGACACCCGUAAAAAAUUCACCGAUCACCUUUACAAGGCUUUGAAGCUAGAGGGCUUUCGAACGUUCAGAGAUGACGACGUGAUCGAGAGGGGUGAGAAUAUCAAAUCCGAGUUGCGUAAAGCGAUUCGGAACUCGAGGAUGUCCGUCAUCGUCCUAUCGAAGAACUACGCUAAUUCGACGGCAUGCCUGUUUGAAAUCCGGACAAUUCUCGAGCACCGGAUGGAGUCGGAUCAUUGGAUUUUGCCUGUGUUCUAUGAGGUGGAUCCGUGGGAAAUUAAGGAGCAAGCCAAGAGUCUGGAUUUCAGGGAAAAGAAAGUUACUGUUGAGGAAGUGAAGGGAUGGAGGGCGGCUCUUAAGGAGGUGGCAAGUAUGGCUGGGAUGGUUUCCCAAAAUCAAUGUGACGGGUAUGAAGCCAAAUUCAUUGAGAACAUUGUUGGUGUACUCAAAAGCAAGCUAACCGGCAAGCACCGAAGGGUUGGCGGCCAUAUAGAACUCGACAAAAGCAUGCAAAAUCUCAAGAGGAAGGUACAGUACUUGAGCAGUCAAGAGAAUGACAUAAAUGCAGAAAUUAGCAGGGCAAAGCGCCAGCCAUGGAAAAGACCAAAGAAAGAAGUUGAAGUUUGGCUCAGAGAUGUGCAACAGUUGAAAGACGAUGUGCAAAGACUUGAGCAAGAAGCAGUUGGAGAAAGGAAUGUUUUCUCGCAUGCAUUGUUGGGAAAGCAUGUCGUCGAGAAGAUUCAAGAAGUGUCAGAACUUCAAGAAAAGGGCAGAGUUUUUAAUGGUUUGCUGAUUGAUGAACAUCCAAUUGGUAGAUUGUUCAUUCCACUGACGAAAGAUUUUGUUCAAUCAACAAAAGCAAGGAACACAGAGAACGUUUGGGAAUGCUUGAUGAAUGACGAAGUUGGACGGGUUGGCAUUUACGGAAUGGGGGGUGUUGGCAAAACGACCAUUAUGAAGCACAUUCACAAUCGCCUUUUGGAAGAAACUGGCAAGUUUGAUAGUGUUUUCUGGGUCACAGUAUCUAAAGAAUUCGACCCUCUGAAAUUACAGAAGCGCAUAGCUAAGGCACUGUAUCUUAAUCUUGUCGAUGACGAGGAUGAAACAAUAAGAGCAUCAGAAUUAUAUGCAGCGCUCUCCCAAAAGAAGUAUGUCCUCAUCUUAGAUGAUCUAUGGGAAGCAUUUCCACUGGAUAGCGUUGGUAUUCCGGAACCAAACAGAUCUAACGGGUGUAAAUUAGUGCUAACUACGCGGUCGUUGGAUGUGUGCAGAAGGAUGGACUGCACAACUGUCAAAGUGGAGCUUCUCACGGAGCAGGAAGCACUGACUCUAUUUCUCAGCAAGGCCACUGGUCAUGACAUAGUGCUUGCUCCAGAUGUGGAAGACAUUGCUUGUCUAAUUGCCAAAGAAUGUGCCUGUUUGCCGCUUGCAAUUGUUACAGUAGCUGGGAGUUUGCGGGGAUUGAAAGGAACGCGUGAGUGGAGAAAUGCAUUAAAUGGAUUGAUAAGCUUGACAAAAGAGGUCAGCGAUGGUGAAAGGGAGGUUUUUGAGCAACUGAAAUUUAGUUACAAUCGCCUAGGAGAUGAAGUGCUCAAAGAUUGUUUCUUGUAUUGUUCCAUGUAUCCUGAAGACCAUGACAUCCCUGUGGAAGAGCUCAUAGAGUAUUGGAUUGCUGAGGGAUUAAUCGGUGAGAUGAAAAGUGUAGAAGCAAAGUUUGACAGGGGUCACACUAUUUUGGGAAAACUAACAAGUUGCUGCUUAUUGGAGAGCUCUACUGAUAUAUGUGGGCAAGAAUGCCUUAGGAUGCAUGAUUUGAUCAGAGAUAUGGCUCUCAGAAUAACAGCUAGUAGACCUCGAUUCCUGGUAAAAGCUGGUGAGGGACUAGAAAGUGUACUUUAUGAAGACUGGCUUGAGGAUCUUGAGAGGAUUUCCUUAAUGCACAACGAUAUAUCUGAACUUCCGAUUAGACCACCUGUUUGCCCUAGGCUUACCACCUUACUUUUGAAGACAAAUAACUUAUCAAUGAUUCCGGAAUCUUUCUUCACCAAUAUGCGUAGUCUCGUGGUAUUGGACUUGUCUGAUAACCAAAUACAGUCGCUGCCAGAGUCCAUCUCCAACUUGGAGAAAUUGCAUGCACUAAUACUGGGGUAUUGUCCAUCACUAGAGUAUGUGCCGUCACUGGAGAAACUGAUUGCACUGAAAGUGUUUAAACUGAAUUCAAGUCUGAUUGACGAUGUACCGAAAGGUAUAGAAAAAUUGGUUAAUCUUAGAGAACUUGACCUCUCCUGCAAUGCAAGACUAGAGAAGUUUCCCGGCUGGAUGUUACGCAGGCUCUCAAAACUCCAAUACCUUCGAAUGGAUGAGACAAGUGUAAAAGUGUCGGCAGAAGAUCUACUGUGCUUGAGGCAAUUGAAAGUUGUCAGUGUCCAGUUUCAAAAUGUACAGGAGCUUACCAGGUAUGUGACUUCUCAGCAAUGCCAAGGGUUGGAGAUGUACCGUCUUGUAGUCGGGAAAAGUCUUCUCGAGGGUAUCAAUACCAGUUAUGAGACUUCUCAGCAUUGGUUGGAGUUGUGCCGUUUUGUAGUUGGGAAAAGACUUCUUGAGGGAGGGUUUGUCGGAAAAGAAGUUUGUAUCAAUACCGAAUCUGAACCUUUUGGAAGUGAAGUAGAUCAGCUAGUGCUCCCCAGAAACAUUGGGUCCUUUGAGCUUCAAGGAUUCCACAAUCUCAUUAGCUUAUCAGCUCCUCCAUCAUUGAAAGAUGCCAAAAAUUUAACAAAAUGUUGUGUAGGAGGCUGUAGCGGGUUAGAAUCCAUCUUUUCAUCAUCAUCCUUCUCAGAGGACGGCCAUAUCUCUCUAAGAACCGUAGAAUCAUGUUGUUUGUUUGAUUUACCCGACUGUAGGGUACUUUUUGAUGGGCUCGUCCCACCACACAACAUAACCUUUAACCUUAAAGAAUUGUGCUUCAGACGAUGUCAGACCAUAAAGAACAUUUUCCCUGUCGAGCUAUUGCAGAACUUCCCAAACCUCAGUCGUCUUGAAGUGGAUAGUUGCGAGAAUGUGGAAGACAUAAUAGUAGGAGAACAAGCGAUGAGUGAAAGGGGCCACCAUCGAGAGGAUAUAAACAAAAUCACACUUCCAAGACUCCAGAACGUAAUUCUAGGUUCCCUUUCAAGAUUGAAGAGCAUAUACACUGGAAUGAUGGUGUGUGAAUGUCUGCAAGAAUUCAAGGUAGUUAAUUGUCCCAUGGUAAGGAGACUGCCUCUUUCUCUGGACAUGGAUAGCAAGCAAGCAACAGCACCACCUAUCAUUGAGGGAGAAGAAGAAUGGUGGGAAUCUCUGGAAUGGGAUGAACCCCAUACCAAAACCAUUCUUGAUCUAUGUUAUAGAGGUAAAUAUCGUUAUACCAUGUCAGGUUUGACAUAUGGUGAAUCACAAGUAAAUUAUAUUCGGUGCAAAAUUCAACAUUACAAAUUUGGUGUUCCCAGCGGAAUUGCUUGGUGGCGUGGCCCCAGUACCUAUUUCAUUGGUGUAGUGGCUCCCCAGCUCUUUUGAGUUGUGUUAAUUUAACCCAAUAUUGAUCGGGCUUUGAUAAAGGGAUUUGAUCAAUAACCCCUGGAGGCUGGAGAGAUCAAUAAUUUUCCUGCAUCAAGUAUUUGUGCUUUUUGGCAUCAAGUACUCGUUAUAGUCCAGCAAUCCCAGCCUGCCAUACUACCAGGCUGGAGAUUGCUUUAGUUGCUAGAGUGUGUCUAGGUUUGAACAUAUUAUCUAUUCAAUCUAGGAAAUUGAUUUCUGCACUCCUUUUUGUUUUUUAAUCAUGUGAAUUUACUACAUUGUCCCUUGAUGUGUGAAAAAGUGAACUAAUGAAGGGGUAAAAGAUUGGUAAUUUGACAUGAAUUAAAAACAAAAAAAAGAGUGUGGAUGGUAAAAAGAGGAGUGCAAAAAUCAAUACUCUUCUAUCUAUUCUUUAUUAUAAAGGGAGAGCAACUUUUGG